AUGACGCGCCGCAACCAAAGUACAAGAGGAGUUCGCGGCGGCAAUCAAUUUGGUGGAAAUCGCCAGACAAGUGGCAAUUCACAGAAUGCAAAAAAGAAAGAGAAACGAUCGCCCAAGUAUCAUCCGAGCGACCCAGAUUUUCGUUAUGCCAAUGUAACAAGAAGCCUCAUCGAACGAAUUGGAAUGGAGGGAUUGGAGUACCCUCAGAUUAUGAUAUCUUCCAUCAAAGAAUUAAAUGAGCCAGACUGGGAUGGUUUGAAACCCAAAUUGAAUUUAACUGGUCAAGAAGACAAAAUUGAGAAAGAGGCAAAGAAAGAAGAAUUGAAAACGGAGAGUGUUGAAUAUCAUCGACAAAAGCGAUACUGGAGCAAAGCGAAGUGGCACGUGCAUUCGCUGAUUAUGGAAUCAUUUGUUACCAGUAAAAUGAAGGACAAGAUUAUACAGGAGGUCGAUUACAAUGAGAAAAUUGAGGGUGAUCCUAUUGAAUUAUUGAGACGCAUCAUUAAAUUUAUGACAACCAGUGAUGUGACAGACUGGGAACCCAUUACAUUGUGGGAAGCACUACAGAAAUGGGUGAAUUGUUGUCAGAAAGGAAAUGAAACGGUAAUUGAAUACCGUAAAUGA